AAACUCUCACAGUGGAGGAGAAGAGAAAAUGGAAGGUUGUGUAGGCUUCGUCUUAUGAUAGGACACAGCUGGAUAACCAGAAAGUUUGUCUUCCAUGGAGGGCUUUAUGGAUAUCAAUGAGAUCCAUGACCUCACUGGCACUGAUACAGAGGAGCACAUAGGCGAUGGUAAUGCAGAGCAGCAGGUGGAGGGGGCCGAGAGGGGUGCUAGGCCGACCAUCAGCGAGUUCAAAAAGACCUGGGGCUUCAGGCGGACCACGGUUGCCAGAAGAGAGUUUGUGGGAUUGGAUGAGACUGAAGAUCCAGAAUCUCCGCCCCUACCCACACGUCGGGGCAGAGGCCGCCCGGCCCAGACCUAUUCAAGACGUGGGCGAGGGGGGAGAAGGAGCGCCCCGGCUGACCUGGAGCACUCCGAGACGGGCUCCCCUACUCCAAUGGACACAGAGCCUGCCUCAGAGGCCCUAGAGCCCUGCCCAGGUGCCAGAUUAGACCCCUCCUCUUGGCGGGACUUUGGAUCUGCAUUCAGCACGGCUUUUUCCCUACUUGGGGAGAAGAAAGAGGAGGACAGGACCACAGCUGCCCCUCCUAGCUAUGGGGGUAGUGGGGACAUGGACGCUGCCUCCAGUAUAGAGGAGGACAGUGAUGAGCUGACCCUGAAGCAGCUUCAGGAGCGGCUGAGCAUUAGGGGGAGAGGUGAGGCCAGAGGCAGAGGGGUCAGAGGGAGAGGCAGGUCCAGCUCAGAGUCUAUGCCUCCUCUCGAGUCUGAUCCAGAGCCAGAGACAAAAGAAGAAAAGCCCAGCCAAUAUGAUAAUGUAACAGAGGAGGUGGAGGAGGAGGUGGAGGAGGAGAGGGACGAGGUGGAGGAGGAGAAGGACGAGGUGGAGGAGAGGAUCGAGGAAGAAAAGUCAGAGUAUUCUAGCAUAUCGGACAGUGAGGGCUACAACCCCAAUGCCCUUUACUGCAUCUGUCGACAGAGGCAGAAUAAAAGGUUCAUGAUCUCCUGUGACAAUUGUCAGGAGUGGUUCCAUGGCGACUGCGUUGGCGUCAGCGAGACGCAUGGCAGCAAGCUGGAGAGGAGCGGACGGGACUGGAUCUGCCCCAACUGCACGAAUAAGAGCCAGAGCCAGCCAGACCCCCAGCAGAGCCACCCUGACUGCCUGACACUGCCCUCCUCUGGGGAGGAGGAGAGAGUGCAUGAGGAGCAGGCCAGUAAGGAGGCUGUGGCGCAGGAGGAGACUGAAGUGGUUGCUGAGGCUGAAAUGGAGACGGACAGUUCUCUGCCCCAGUGCAUUGGCCCAGGGUGCAGUAUGCACGCUCUUCCCGACUCCGUUUACUGUGGCACAGACUGCAUCCUCCGGCAUGCGGCUGCCACUAUGAAGACCCUAUCUGACUCCAAAGAGACCAAUGCCGAGCAAAGCCCACAGAGUAGAGCAGCAGCCAAACCUGGCCCUAAGGGUCAAAGGUCGGCUAGGAUUCCCCAGAGGUUGUCGGCGGAGCGGCCCGAAGAUGAGAAGGAGGCUGAAGAAGUUGAGGACAAGGAACCUGACACAUCUACAUCUCCCUUAUCCUGCAACCCUAGUCUCACUGCAGUACAGGCCACAUCCAUAGAAUCAUCUAUGUUUUACAAGUCGAGUAUGUAUCACUCACAGCACAUCCAUAUCCAACACAUACAGAAUACUUUACUUUCACUCAGUUGGUAUUCAUCAGACAGCAGCUAUAACGUUACCUCUGCCAUCACACAAUCUUUAGGUAUAGGGAUACAAAGUUAUUUGCAGUAGUCAGCAGCAGUGGGUAAUUGUACUAUAAAAUGUUUUUCUUCAGCUAGUUGAAAACAUUGAAAAAGAAAACCAGCCAAACCAAUCAACAAUCCAAAUGUACAUUUCCUCAGUUACUAGAUAGUAGAAGAAUGUUUAGUAUAGUUGGGUUCAGAGAUCAUUCUACUUCAAUACCACCAUUUUUCUACAGUCCAGUAUUUCAAUAGUUGUCAAUGUUUUUAUUUGACAAAUAAUACAUCCGGUUCAAUAAGAGCCUUAUACGGCAACAAAAUAUAACUACAAGGUAUAGGCUGAUGCGUCAGUCUUACGAAUACUAGUAAAUACUUCACACAAAAUUACUAAUGCACAGAGUAUUGUCCCAGGGAAUAAAUAAUAGGAUACACAAGUUGUACAGAUAGAAAUCACUGCUUGAUGGAAAGCGCAAAACAUUCACUGAGUGACACAUGGAUAUGGUUUUAGUUCGAAGCAGUUAGAAAACAAACAUUCCCUCUGAGUCAAAGAAAAUGAAUGUUUGCUCACUGUGUCCAAACACAAGGCCUCUCAAGUCAUCCAGUAGUGCCUGUUAUGGGAAAUAGAUUCCCAUAAUUCAACCAUGGAUGAAAAACACAGGCGAUACAGAUCAAUGCGGGCAAUAACACAUUUUCUGCCUCUCAAACCAGAGCAGUUGAGCUUUUGGAGGAAUUGGUUUGAACACUUUGUGCAAUGGAGUUGGACCAGUUACCGGGGGAGUAUACAGAGGAAUAUACAGAAUCAUCCAGUCUUGCUUAUGAUUAGAUUUAUAGAGCAAUGUAGAAGAGGCCAAGGAUUGCCACCAACCUCCUCCUGUGGCUUUCAUGUAACCUGUCUUUUCAUAUCAGUGCUCAUGGAGAGAGGACGAGCGCCACGCACCUGCACCUUUGUCCAUUUUUGUAAUGAAACAUUUCUAUCUUCAACAACCCGCAGUGCCAUACACACACAUACACACGGGACGCCAACACACACAGACACACUGUACAUUCAGACUAGUGCUCAUGAAGGAGAGUGGACGAGGAGGGAGGAAGCCAUUCUAGACUAUUGAGAGGCAUUAGUCUUUACAUGCAAGAUCGAGCUCAUCGUCACAUGACUAGCUUCUUCAGCUCCAUUGCUUCACUUAUAAACCACGUCUACAAGGCUGUCUUUGCCGUUUUAAAAUCAAGCUUCAGCUAUUCAUCAAAGGAAAGGAUGAUGACAUUCACCUGAGCACCAGAGACUUCACUAUCUAUCCAGACAUGGGGUUUGUUUUCAGAAGCAUCUGUUCAUAAAGGGUACAUUUGUAGCUUAUAUGUGUGGUUGGAAGAAAGCUACCAUUUUUUGGCAACUUUUUGCUACAUCCCCAGAGAGCCUUUUUAAUGUCAAGUUGUCGCAAAGUGCUUGGCAGUAACCUGGCCUAGAACCCAAAGGACAAGCAGAACCACAGCAGCAAAGGGGGGGAAAUAAAAUAAGCCUUGAGGUUAACCAGACUGAGAGGAGGCCCAUCCUCCUCUGGCUGUACCAGGUAGAGGUUACAUACAUUGUACUCGUAUGUUGUUCAGAGAAUACAAGUAGGGAUAGACUGUUUUCCGUAUCUGCGAGACGCAUACAGUUAAGGACCUUUUGGCCAGAUAGUUGUCUGUAAAAAUUGUACGUUUUUGGUUGUAGACAUUGCUGACACAGCAUGAUGGGACAGAACAA